GUCGCCAACCACGUCGGCGUGCGCACGUCACGAAGGACGAAGCAGAAGGCGCGCAGAAGCCGAGCUCCAGCCCGCGUCGCCGCCGGCUACCCGUUCGUGUUCGACGAUGCGGGUCACGUACUACCAGAGGCUGUCGUCGGAGCCGGAGGGUGGCGCGCGCGCCGGCGCCGCGAGGGCGUGGGCGGCGCUGAGGCGGGCCGCCGCAGGGGUCGCCCGGCUGUACGCCGCGCGGCGGCGGUGGUCGGCGCGGAGGCCGUGGGGCGGCAGGAGAGUGGCCUUGUUGCAGCGGCCGAAGGCGGCGGCGAGGUACGAGUACGACUCGGCCAGCUACGCGCGCAACUUCGACGACGGGGCGUGGAUGGCCGAGGAGGGCGUGUCCUGGCACGCGCGGUCGUUCGGCGCGUGAAGGCUCGCAGCUGUCCAGUGAUUCAUGAGGAUUUAGGACAGCUUCCCUUUCGUUUUUCUUGCUUUUUGUGAGGAGUAGCGACUGAUUGUUUGUUAGGAUUGAUUAUUGAUUAAAUCUUUGUGCAGAAUUGAUUUAUAGAGAGUGGACAUUUUGUUUGUACUUU